AUGUGCACAGUCGUCCGCGAAGAAGGGGUAAUGAACAGUGGUUGUGGGUGUUCGCGGGAGUGUUUGCAUCCGUCAGAUAUUUAGAAACUGGACAUUGGUCCUGUAACUGAUAUUAAUUCCAGGACGUUCCUCGCGGUAGGUAUCUGUCAGCAUAGAAGGGAACAUAAGAUAGAAGAGAUUGGAAACAAAUACACAGGAAUGCUUCUGCAAAAUUUCGGCUCUGCAGCAGUAAAAGAUACUGAUGUAAGGUACUCCAGGGGGUGUGUCUGAGGAUGCAGCUUUACACUCGGAAAAUUAAAGCAGCCUCUUAAUUCAUGUGUAAAAAUAGGUUGAUCGACCAUGUUGUGAGCUAACAUAUACUUCAGUUCUAUAUAUCUACUGAGUCUUCAACAUAAGGCUAACUGCUCUCAAACUUUUCUCUCGUAGGUUUCUCUGUGGUCCAUAGGUAAAUUUCUCAAUGAACUUUUCAAAGAAAGCGCGCACUUUUUCUGACGACACUUAGCUACUGUUACGUGUUCCUUUUUAUUGUAAUUUCACAGGUUUGUCCCUCAUUAUUUUCUACUACUUACUUUUAGGUAUGGACUAGCUAUGGUUGUUUUAAUAUCCUAAGAUGUAGUGCGGUGAGUCGGUUUUUGCUCGAUCACAUUAAGCCCCGGCUUUUCUCGCGAUCGGUCAUGUUCCUCACGAAAACUGAGUAUGACCGUGGCGUGAACACAUUUUCUCCUGACGGACGACUUUUCCAAGUUGAAUAUGCAAUUGAGGCUACCAAAGUAACCCGUUCAUUCUGUUAACACCCGUCUAAAGUUGGGUUCGACUGGGAUAGGAAUAAAAACUCCAGAAGGUGUCGUGCUCGCCGUGGAAAAAAGGAUAAACUCACCUCUCAUAGUGACGAAUAGUGUCGAGAAGAUCUUCAAAAUUUCUGACCAUAUUGGUAAGGGUAGCAUUUUCGUUCGAUUUUUGAGCUUCCGACGAUUUGUCACGCCACCCUUUGUCAUUUUCAUGAAAUCGCUCUCACCGACUGAGUAAUAAGCCAGACGUCUCUUUUAUGUGUCUCUCGUCCUUUAUUGUUACAUACAACGAAGUUUUCAUUAGGCAUAUGGCCAGCCCGUCCUGCGCACUAAUUUUCUUGCGCCUUCACUAAGAGUGCUUCACAGAAUCUUUGCCUUUUCGCUGCCACCUACUUAACUUUGGCUUGUUCUGCAUAGAACGUAUAAGGCGGAGUGAGCUUUAAUGCUUUUACAUUUUCCGUACCUGCAUGCUGUGGAGGUGGAUACGCGGUCAUAGUUUUCCUCGAAAACCGCAAAGCGUAUUAACCCGACCAUAGGCUUGGACAACAAAAUAUGCUGUUCAUUACCAAACCCUGUAAGGCGUAGAGACGGAGACGCAUUUGUUUGUUUUUGUAACUUCUCGAUCCUUUUCUCUAGAUUGUUGUGCCCCUGCUACCUGAAUGUUCUUUAGCAUGAUUCAUGUGAGAGGCACAUUACCGAUGCGGUCAGUCAACACUUCAAAUGUAGUUAAGCACGUAGGAGGCGAGAUUUCCCACAUGCACCCCGUCGGGCGAGCCUCUAGCAUGAGGCCUGCAGUCCGACUGACUGUUGUUCUUUAGCCUUUACUCAACGCAUGUUGCCCAGUAAGAUGCUAUAUCAGUUCGUCCUUAGUAUGUUCCCCCCGGGAGGGGUGUGGUGUAACUCGGAUCUUUUGUCGACUCAUGUGCUGCUAUAUAUAUCACCUCUUUAGACAAGCUUACAUACACGUCUGUGUUUGGGCGAAAGUGGUUUGCGUCUGACGUUUUGCAUCUGGCUAAUGAUAAUACUCUUCUGGAUAGGGGUUUGGGGCCCUUCACUUGCCCAACAACACACGAGGACGUAAAUUUAGAGAUAUUUGUUUUCUGUUGCCGCCUCGAUCUUGAAUUUCACGUUCGGCUCAUUCGGGUUUACCAUUCCCUUAAAGUUUUGGACGGCAGUGUUUGGCGUAAGCGAUUUAAUCGGCUCCUUGGUGCGGGCUUCCAAAAUCAUGAUUGAUCGUCUCCCAUAGUAGUCGGACGACAGCAGACCAGUGAGAAAAAUGGAGUCAUUUGGUACGUACUUGUACUUGGUACAUCUGCGAUCAUGUCUGAUCUAGCCAGUCUCAAUGAUGUCAGGAGCAGUACCUUUCCACGCCUGGCGAUUCGUGCCAGCACAUCUGGACAGCUCAACCCACUAUUCGCCAGCGCGGAGACCGAAUACCGAAAGUCCGAGAAUCACUUCCACGACAUGACGCACCGUGUCGACCCAGGUUUUAAGUUGACCCCCUCCUCGGCGCCUCCAAGUGGGUAAGGAUGACGGGUCAAGGGCAGCAAAAUUUUUACGUUUUUACACCGAAUAAGUCGCUCUGCUCGCAAUUUGGGUGGUUUUCAAUUUUUGUUCUGUUAUAAUGAGCGUAGGUCAAUCGGAGUAGCUUCGACUGCAUGCCACUGCGCGUAACUCGACCCUGCAGAGUCCCGAUGGUCAGAGAAAAUGUUCAAGAAAUAAACAACAGCAGGCUGUUGAUAACUGUAAUGUUGUUUGAGGGUUCAAUACGGCAAGGAUUGCUCAUAGACACAUCCCCAUCCGACUGUAUGCCACAUGCAUCUUUUUUGUCGGCGUGUUGUGGUAUAACUACAAGUAUUUGAACAUUAUCACUAGACAGACUUUUACGGCAAUUUCGACAUGGCUGCUGCCACGUAAGUGCUUACAACGCCACCUGUCACAUUUUUAGCUUUAAGUUUAACGGCAUCGCAUUACUCCAGUCUGUGGGUAAGACCUCUGCUUUCCAAAUUUGGAUCAAAAGGGCGUGCAACCGAUCGGUGCUUGUAGAUUUCCACUAGGCGACACUUCAUGCCAAGUGCUUUUUUGAUUCCCAAUUUUGUACACACCCCAUGGGUUUCCUCAGCAGUGUGUGCGCUGUAGUUAGUCAUAGGCCGACACCGGGCGUUUCCAGAAUAGACAGUAUCCGAGGGGCCGUCACAAAGCCCCCUUUUACCUAUCGUCUGUUUCUAGCGUCGAGGCAUGCACCGUAACAAUUAUGACUUUGCUAACAACCAUCAGAACGCAUAAAUCCAAUUCUCCAUGGCGUGUAUCCCCAGCUCAUAAGUGAAGCUCUGGCUCAGUUGUUCGGAGGGAUUGCGGUACCAUGUCGACCAGAGUUGCUAUUUUCACCAAAAAGCCUGCUUAUUUUUCAAAGAACCUUUACUGAAGGCUGCUUAAUUAUUCACUGCCUGCAGACACGACAGGUGAAUUACACGGAUCUCGUCGUCCGGCGACUCUUGUUUUUAUUUCUAGUGCAUUUUUUGUCCUGCUUUCUCCUCAUUUUCUUCGGCAGCUUACCAGUUAUUGCUUACUGACUUGAUUUUGGCUCCUUGGGAGUAUGUUUUUUUUCAUCAGUUACCCAAGUUGAUCCACUGGGAAAACAUUACUUUUAUAGCCUGUGCUGUCAGUGGGCUCGUGGCGGAUGCGCGAACUCUAAUCGACCGCGCCAGGGUUGAAACGUCUCACCACUGGUUUGUGUACAAUGAGGAAAUGAAUGUUGAGGAUGUCACACAAGCUGUGAGCAACUUAGCUUUGGCCUUCGGUGAUGACGACGCUGAACCAGGAGCUAUGGUAAUAUCCAAACUUUGUAGCUAAUAUUUGUAGAGUCGUCCUUUUGGUGUUGCCCUUCUGUUCGCUGGUCAUGACGAAAACGGCCCCCAGCUGUAAGUUCUUCCAUUUCUCUACUUCGAUCUUUCCAGCUACCACAUGGAUCCAAGUGGAACUUACAUUCGGUAUGAGGCCAAAGCUAUUGGUUCGGGUUCCGAAGGAGCGCAGCAAGCACUACAAGAAGUCUUCAAGAAGGUUUACCUCCGUUUUUAGGUAUAAAUUUGUUUUCAGGACAUGACUCUUAACGAGGCUUGUAAGCAUGCGUUGACAAUACUUCGUCAAGUCAUGGAGGAAAAACUAGAUGCCAAUAAUGUUGAGGUGGGUUUUUCCCAAACACCAGUGAAUUCUUUUUGUUUCCCCAUUUCAAACUGCACACCCUCAUGCUAAUUAGACUUUGAUAACAUCGUCUUAUGUUGUUAACACAUUUGUCCCUGUAGCUUACGGUUGUAAUCUAGGAAGCAUUUCAUAUUAGUUAGAAAGCUAUGGACUUACAGAAUUUGUCCCUGAUCAGUAGCGUUCAGUAGUCAGCCUUCUUCGACAUUACCAAUAGGAUGAGAGCGUGAACCAGUGACUAUCGCGUCGAGAUGCACGUGUUGAAAUCCCUCGAUCCCUCAAUCGUUGACUACAUUUUCUGUUUGAUCCUCAAGCCAAUCGACCUGGGCCCGAGUGACUUUUGACUUUUUCCUCUGCCAGCUCGGGCGCUUAUGCUCUUCACGGUUUCCCAAAAAACCUCCCUUCUAUAAUUCGCUCCCAUUAAUCUUGCAAGGGACCAUUUCAGCCUGUGACGCAAAUCCCUUCUCGAUUAUUUAAAAGUAAUUCCAUGUUGGCAACUAUGGUGCACUUUAUCAUCCUCGUUUGUACAAAAAGUCCCUGGUUUCUGGGGCCCUUAAAUGCUGUUGCACCGUUUUAGCUGCUACUGCGUUAGGUGUAGAGCCCCAUCGAUGUUCGGCAGUUUAGCGUAGUUCACAGAUUCAUGAUAGGUAUCUAAGCACAUCCUUCCUUUAGGAGAUAGUAUAGUCAGCAGUCACCGCUUCAACCUAAAAAUCACAGUAACAAAAAUCGCUCAUAUAAAAAAACUUUUUUAAUAUUGGCUCCAACACGCUUCUAACAUAGGCACUAACGGAAAGUCCACGCGCGUGUCUUGUUGGUGUCUCCGUUGCUGUAUGACGCAAAUGCAAGGGGUUUGGUCCCUCAGUGCUUUCGCCAGCAUUUCCUACGUGACUUCUGACGCACGAACUUUAGACUUGAAUCCAAAACUAAUAAUUUCGCAAGUUAUUGCUGCAAUGACUUGGAGUUAAGUGCCCUUGACAUGCCGUUAUGCUUAUCUUCAGAUCAGAUUUUUGUUAGAACUGGAGGUUGGUCCGGAUGUCAUGUUUCAGUCACAUAACUUCAAGAAUCACGACUAACAAUUAAGCAAAUUGUUCGUCUAGCAAAGCAGUUUUUAUGGUCCACAAUAGAAGCGUUGCUUAUUCAGUUGGUUUUCGCGAGUUGGCUUGCAGCGCUCAUGUCACCAUUUUCGCUUUUAUACCGAAGUAACUAACCGUCGACUCUCCGAGGGAAAACCAAUAAAUCCUACAAUUUUAGAAGGUCCAGCUUGACAAUACAGGCGUCUCCUUUGCUGCCUUUUUUCGCCAACACAUCGAAAAGUUAAAUACCGAGAACCUUGGAAAUUUCAGUAGCUGUCACACCACAAAUUCACAUAUGCACGUCCUCCCUACCGACUAAUACCUCAACCCUUUUAUUACUUCAAAUUACAGAUGGCUACCGUCACUAAGGAAAAGUUCAGCUUAUUUGACAGUGAACAGUUGGGGGCCCUGAUCGGAGAACUUGAAAGUCCCGUUUGA